AUGUCAUCGAAUCUGCCGAUGCCUUGCGCAAUUCGUAAUCUUCCAAGUCAAAUACCCGCCAAGCACGCCGCUCCUAGUGUGGCAAUCGAGAUCGAUGGAGAGAAGGAUGGACAGGAAAGGACAUUUUCGACAUUGGACCUCAUAGAGGGCAAUGUAGUUGUAAGGGUGACUCGGGAGACUGUUUUGAGUCACGUUGAUAUCACGUUUGAAGGUCUCUCUACAACAUCUGCCAGUCGAGCAGUCUCAUUUGUACCGGGCCGAAGGAAAACUGCGCACAACUUCCUUCGUCUGAAGCAACCAAUCGAACAGCUUGAGGAAACGCGGUUGGUACCUGGGCAACCAUAUAAAUUCCCUUUCUCUUUCAUGGUCCCUGAAAGCAUCAGUCCACAACAAUGCGACCAUUCGACCAAAGACCCCGAAGUGGAGCAGGCGCACACACAACUACCGCCCACCUUUGAAAACCGUGCCUCUAGAUUUUGGGAGUCUAGAGGAGGAAGUUGGGCCCCAAAGGCUUGCAGAAUUUCCUACAACAUCCGAGUUGUACUCUCAAAGAGGUCUCAAGCUGCCAUCACAUCCCGAAGCAUGUUGUGUGAUGUUUCCCGCUCUCUACGAAUUAUGCCGGCCGCCAAACUGGCAAGGUGUAUCGACUUCCCGACUUACUAUCUGGUCCAAGAGAAGCAGUCCAAAUGUCACUCUUUGGGAAGAAACCUGGGAAUUCUCCAAGUAGUAGCUGAGGAGCCGAGACCGCUUCAAAUCUCAUCUACCAGCCUGAACAACAUUUUGACUUCUGUGAUUCAACUUCACAUUACUUUCGACCCCUUAACAAACACUCCGCCACCUCAACUAUGCAAGCUUAGAUAUAGACUGGAGGUAUCCACAUACUAUGGAACGAGCCCAUGGGAAGACUACCCGACAACAGAAGAUAUGCAAGGCUCCCAGACGGACCGUGAGGCAUACAUUACGACAAUCCCUCUUCAGUCAUUGAACCUCACAUCCAGCCGGUGGGAAAAGCUGCCAUCGUUCUAUUCAGCGGUUGAAAAGUCGACGGACUCUGCUUCAGAGUAUUCGGUCAGCUCAUCUAAGACCCAUACUCAACAUUCAUACACCGCUUCUGUCACCGUACCGGUCAAUCUACUUGAUGAGCAAGCACUUGAUGAGCAAGCACUUGUGCCAACCUUUCACUCAUGUCUUGUGUCUCGCACUUACGCCAUUGAGCUUGCCCUCUCAUACCAAGUGCCGUCAGCGAUCUGCAGAUCUACUAUUAAUCUGCGUAUUCCGAUUGAAGUGGUGUUUGGUAGCAGGAAAUCUGGACUUUUAAGAAAAGGUUUGGGGGGAGGACGUGAGUGA